CCGGAAGUCUCGGCCCCGCCGCCUCCGGUCCUCGCCAGGGGAAGUCCGGGGCCGCCGGGACCUCGGCCCGCUCCUCCGGACCCAGGAGGCCGCCGCACCGGCUGCCGCUCCAGAUGCUGCUGCUCCCGCCGCGGCCGCCCCACCCUCGGUCCUCCUCUCCGGAGGCCAUGGACCCACCGCCCCCCAAGGCUCCCCCUUUCCCCAAGGCAGAAGGCCCCUCCUCCACCCCUUCUUCCGCGGCGGGGUCCCGACCCCCGCGGCUGGGCCGCCACCUGCUCAUCGACGCGAACGGGGUCCCCUACACGUAUACGGUGCAGCUGGAGGAGGAGUCCCGGGGCCCGCCCCAACGCGAGGCGCCCCCAGGAGAGCCCGGCCCUCGCAAGGGCUACAGCUGCCCGGAGUGCGCCCGUGUCUUUGCCAGCCCUCUGCGGCUGCAGAGCCACCGCGUGUCGCACUCGGACCUCAAGCCCUUCACUUGCGGCGCCUGUGGCAAGGCCUUCAAGCGCUCCAGCCACCUGUCGCGGCACCGUGCCACGCACCGUGCCCGCGCCGGCCCGCCGCACACCUGCCCACUCUGUCCCCGCCGCUUCCAGGACGCCGCGGAGCUGGCUCAGCACGUUCGCCUCCACUAAACCCGAGGCGCUCGAAACCGGGUCUGCGCUGCCCCUCUCCGGGCCACCAAGUCUGUCCCACACAGCGUCAUUCCCACACACACUCCCUGGCUCUGCUAAGGUUACUGCCUUACCCUGAGCCUCAGUUUCCCCAUCUUUCCAAAGGGAGAAGCAUCAUUCCUUUCCCCUUACACUCCUCUUUCUAGCUGUGUGAUGUAGACCGACUCGUUGCCCCUCCCUGGGCCUGUGAAAUGGGUAGAGUGAAGGAAAGGCAGAGGAGAGAACACGGGCGUGGGCUCUGGUCGGGCUGUGCUGUGUGAGCCUUCGCAAGUGACAAAACCUCUGAGCCUUGGUUUCCUGCUCUGCGAAGUGUUGAACGGCAGUCGUCCUGGUGGAAGAGAUGACAAAAGAGCACGGGCACCGUCUGGUUCUUUUCUGUAUCUUCCCUCUUCCGCCAACUAACCCCACCCUCUGCUCAAUAA